AUGUCCCAAACGUCAACUAUUCCCAAAUCUCUCGACCCAUCUGAUCAAUUCCCAAUGUCCUCUAUAUCACCUAGUUUCAGGACUUCGCAACGAGAUGCCAUACAGCAGGAAUUGAGCGCUUUCCACCAACAACAUCAUCAG